GGCGCCUUUCUUUCCCAUUAUAGCAUAUACUGUCCCCCACAAAGACCCGUUUAUUUAACCUUAUAUUCUACUGCGUAUGUACAAGAGAAUUGUUUGUGUCUGGUGUUGAUACAAACAAUGGGAGACAAUACUCUGAAUAGCAGUAAUCGGCCAUCUGAUAUUGAUCUGAACAAGGGCAGUGCAUGUGGAGAGCAAAGAGAAGUACAAGACAGGCUCCUCCCCAUGGCAAAUGUGGGCAACAUCAUGCGCAAGAUCCUCCCUCCCAAGGCCUUGCUCUCUAAGGAGGCCAAGAUCACCAUGCAAGAAUGUGUUUCAGAGUUUGUCAGUUUUGUCACUGCAGAGGCUUCUCACCAGUGUAGAAAGGAUAAUAGGAAGACAAUCACUGGGGAAGAUCUGGUAUCAGCAAUGGCUUCUCUUGGUUUGGAAGUCUAUGCAGAGGCUCUCGAUUGUUAUCUUCAGAAGUACAGAGAAAAACAAGGUGAGAUAGUUUUAGUAACAAAAAAUGGGUUCUCAAAUCCCUCCUGCACCGAAGACAACCAGAGGCCCACAAGAGUAGAUCACCACUAUGUUAAGGGAGAAGAUCACCACUAUGUCAAGGAAGUUCACCCAGUGGAAGGAUCAAAUGGCCACAACCAGUGGAGGGCUCAAAUAGCCACUGUCAAAGAGAAGGAAUUUCAGGGAGCUAUGGCGCUUGCCAAGUACCAAGGACCAUCAUGACAUAUCAUUUAUUUAGUUUUAGCAGUAUCUUCUCUCUUAUGGUUCACUAAACCUCCUUCUGCUUGCCAAGUAUGCUCUUUAAACAUUCCCUUUGUAAUUGGUUUCAAGGUAAACAUCAUCUUACAAAUUACAGACUUUGUUUGAGACAAAUUAGGGCAUGCCAGUAGUUUUCAGGCAGCUAUGGACCAUUAUGGCAUACCAGUUGUUUAGUUUUAGCAGGAUCUUCUCUCCUAUGGUACACUAGACAGACUUCUGCUUGCCAAGUUUGUUCUUUAACCUUUCCUUUGUAAUUGGUUUCCAGGUAAACAUCAUCUUACAAACUACAGGCUUGUUUUAGA